CAAAGAAGAGGAAGGACUCAAGUAGCAAUCCAGAACAUCACCAAAUCGUAAUCAUUUGAACAUGUCAUGUUCAAAAUGUAUUUGAAAACGACCAUAACCGCUUAAGUGGAGGAAGGAAAACGUGACAGAUGUUACCUCCGCCACUGGCCGGCUGUCACUCAGACCUCCCUUGACCAAUCCAAGGACAUCAUGACUCCCCCUUCUUCAAACUCCUCCCCCCCACCCUCCAGAGUAUUAGCCCCACAGAGCAGAGGAGGAGUGAGUUCUCCCUCUCCUCGCUUCUAUCUCUCAACCAUGGAGAGGGAGCAAAUGCUGGCCUUGUUACUGCUGAGCUGCUGCAGCCUGAAUGUGGUCACAGCCAUCCAGAGAGCUGACCUUUUUCCAUAUGGGACUUUAAGCGGAGAUUCAAUUUUGGCAGAAGGUGACGAUGAAACUUCCCAAGUUCUGUCACUACCCAGACCCUUCUACUUCUACAACUCCUUCUUCUCCAAGCUAUAUGUGGCCACCAAUGGGAUCAUAUCGGCUCAGGACUUACCCAUGGAGAAGCAGUACGUGGACGACGGCUUCCCCACGGACUUUCCGGUGGUGGCGCCCUUCCUGGCCGACAUAGACACCAGUAGAGGGCAAGGGCACAUUUACUACAGGGUGACCGAAACCCCCAGCGUGCUCAUCAGAGUCGCCCAGGAGGUGCACCGAGGGUUCCCAGACGCCAAAUUCACCCCCACGCAUGCCGUGGUGGCCACAUGGGAGAACGUGGCAGCCUAUGAAGAGCAAAGUCAAACCACUGGAGCCUCCAACAAGCUCAAUACAUUCCAGGCCGUCAUUGGAUAUGAUGAGGCCGACUCGUACGUUCUCUUCCUCUACCCUGAAGGAGGCUUGAACUUUUUCGGCACAAGACCAAAGGAGUCAUACAAUGUUGACAUUGAGCUUCCAGCACGAGUUGGUUUCAGCAGAGGAGAAAUUUCGUAUCUUAUUUUUUCCCGAACUGAGGGACCACACCACAGCGUCACCAGUGAUGUCACUAGUGUCCAAAACCUUUACAAAGUCGGUAAUACUGGAAUACCAGGCGUGUGGCUCUUCCACACGGGGAAUCGUUACUCUUUUGACAACGUAGUUCCUGCCUCCAUCGGUGGAUUUCUUGUUACUACACCACCCCUAAAACCUGGAACCUCACUGGAAACCACCACUCCAGAGUAUGCCGAGUUUGAAGAGUAUUCAAACAACAACUUUGAAGCUGACCAUCAAGAAGAAGAAGAUGAUGACUACCCUUUAACAGGCGGUGAUCCAGAAUUCCACCCGGCUCCUGAAGUAGAAACCCUCCAGCCGCAAGCCCCUCAAUCACCCGCGUCCCCAUCAGAGCAGCCAGAUGACAGGGGUCUGCAUGGUAGCCAAGAUGCGGCACUCCCACCUGAGCCCCGCUACAGUUUUGAGCCAGCAGUCAGGAGCAACGCUCCCCCAAAUCCAGAGGAACAGCAGCCCAAGGUUCCUCUGGAGGCGGCAGCUGUUUACCCUCCUCAUGGAAAUGAGUCCCCGCUCACGCCAGGAGGUCACGUGGUCACUGUGGAAGAUGAUGUUGAUUUUGACACUGGAGUGAUCCAAUACACUACAGAGAACAAAGAAACGUGUGCCAGAUUCCAGCAGCAGUGUUCCCAGAAUGCAUUUUGCUCGGACUAUGCAACAGGUUUCUGUUGCCACUGUAGUCCCGGAUUCUAUGGGAAUGGACGCCACUGUCUGCCUGAUGGUGCUCCUCAGCGUGUCAGUGGUAAGCUCAGCGGCACUGUGACUGUGGGCUCUACUCCUGUUGAACUGAGCAACAUUGAUCUCCAUGCGUAUAUUGUGGUGGGAGAUGGGAGGGCGUAUACAGCCAUCAGCGAGGUUCCUGAGUUGGUGGGUUGGGCUUUGAUGUCUGUGGCACCUAUAGGAGAGUUGUUUGGGUGGCUGUUUGCUCUGGAGCUCCCCAACAGCCAGGCAGGAUUCAAAAUCACAGGCGCAGAGUUCACCCGUCACGCUGAGAUGGUCUUCUACCCUGGCAAUCAGCGGGUGACGAUCGUCCAGACGGGUCGCGGCCUGGACGACCACAACCACCUCACCGUCGACACAGUCGUGAACGGGAACGUGCCUUUCUUGCCGCCUGGUGCUGAGAUAACCAUGGAGCCUUUCAAGGAGACCUACCAGUAUUAUCCAUCCGUUGCGACCUCCACUUCCGUCAGGGAGUACUCGGUGGUCUCAGCGGACCGAGGAUCUGAGUCGUUCUCGUUCCAGCUGAAGCAGAAUAUCACGUACCGUGACUGUCGCCAUGACAACCACGCCGCCCCGGUAGAAACGCUGCAGAUCACUAUGGAAAGAGUGUUUGUCAUGUACGUUAAGGAUGAACGGAUCCUGCGAUACGCCAUCACCAACAAGAUCAGCCAAGUGGGAGCUGAAUCCACCGGGCCUGAGUUAGUGAACCCUUGCUACGCUGGCAAUCACGACUGUGACACCACCGCCCAGUGCGUCCCACUGGAGGGACAGGCCUUCCAAUGCCUGUGUGCCACAGGUUACACAGGAGAUGGGCGCAACUGUUAUGACGUGGAUGAGUGUGCUGAGGGUUUGGCUUCAUGUGGGGCUCAUGCUCAGUGUGUAAACUUGCCUGGAAGCCAUCGCUGUCAGUGCCAGAGCGGCUUUGAGUUUGGCACCGAUGGACGCACCUGUGUUGCUACAGAGCAGACGGAGCGUCCAAAGAGCCAGUGUGAAAUGCACAGAGACAGCUUGCAGAGCAGCUCUGAACAAGGCGGGGAGCCGAGUGUCGGGGCUUUCAUUCCACAGUGUGACUCUGAUGGACGAUACAGAACGUUGCAGUGUCACGGCUCCACUGGACAUUGCUGGUGUGUGGACAGUAGGGGACAGGAAAGACCUGGAACCAGGACUCCACCUGGUACAGCACCGAAAGACUGUGACCGACCUGAUGAGCCCGAGCGUCCGAAAACACACUGUGAGCACUACAGGGACAGUGUUCAAACAAGCGGCCCAGACGGCUACCCAGUCAUUGGACUCUAUGUUCCCCAGUGUGAUGAUGAUGGACAAUACCGUCCAUUACAGUGUCAUGGCUCUUCUGGACAUUGUUGGUGUGUGGACAGUAGUGGGCAAGAGAGAGCCAACACCAGGACUCCACCUGGAACUCCACCUAAAGACUGUAACAAGCCAGUAGAUGAGCCAGAACGACCCAAAACCCACUGCGAACACCAUCGAGACAGUGUUCAGACCACCAGUCCCGAGGGUCACCCUAUAGUCGGAGCCUAUGUGCCGCAGUGUGACGUAAAUGGAAACUAUGCCCCGCUCCAGUGCCAUGGCUCCACUGGACAUUGCUGGUGCGUUGACCAGAGCGGCCAAGAAAGAGCGGGAACCCGGACUACAGCAGGCGAACCUCCUCGAGACUGUGACAAGCCAGAGCGUCCAAGAACUCACUGCGAGCACCACAGGGACAGCGUGCAGACCACUAGUCCUGAGGGUUACCCCAUCCUUGGCGCCUAUGUACCUCAGUGUGACGCCGAUGGGCAGUACAUUCCACUGCAGUGCCAUGGCUCCACGGGUCAUUGUUGGUGCGUUGACGAAAGUGGACAGGAGAGAGCUGGAACAAGGACCCCACCUGGGACUGCCAGGAGAGACUGUGACAAACCAGAUGAACCAGAGCGUCCAAAAACCCACUGUGAGCACCACAGAGACAGCGUGGAGACCACUAGUCCGGAAGGUUACCCCAUAGUUGGGGCUUACAUUCCGCAAUGUGAUGAUAACGGACAGUACUCACCUCAGCAGUGCCACGGCUCCUCAGGAUAUUGCUGGUGCGUUGACAAACAUGGCCAGGAGAUCGCCGGAACCCGAACUCCGCCAGGUUCUGCCGCACCCGUUGACUGCAACAAACCAGACGAACCUGUGCGGCCUAAAACACACUGUGAGCAACACAGAGACAACAUCAAGGCCACCAGCCCGGAUGGUUACCCCAUUCCUGGACUUUUUGUUCCUCAGUGUGAUGCUCACGGACAUUAUGUCCCUCGACAGUGUCACGGCUCUAUUGGACAUUGUUGGUGUGUGGACACCAGCGGACAGGAACGACCAGGAACUAGAACCCCACCUGGUUCUGACCCUAAAGACUGUGAUAAGCCAGAUGAGCGUCCUAAAACGCACUGUGAGCGGCACAGAGACGGCGUGCAGACCACCAGUCCUGAAGGUUACCCCUUGGUUGGAGUCUAUGUUCCAGAAUGUGACGAUGAUGGGCAGUACUUACCGCUGCAGUGUCACGGCUCUACUGGACACUGCUGGUGUGUGGACAAGGACGGACAGGAGAGACCAGGGACCAAGACCCCACCUGGGACUGCACCUCGAGACUGUAGUAAACCUGAUGGACCGCAGCGCCCCAAAACCUACUGUGAGCACCACAGAGACAGUGUCCAGACCACUAGUCCAGAUGGUUACCCGAUCAUUGGAGUGUUUGUGCCUCACUGUGACGAUAACGGAGAGUACACUCCUCAACAGUGUGACGGCUCCAGCGGGCAUUGCUGGUGUGUCGACAGUCAAGGCCAGGAGCGUCCCGGAACAAGGACGCCACCGGGUACUGACCCAAGGGAUUGUGACAAACCAGACGAACCGGUGCGGCCCAAAACUCAAUGCGAGCACCACAGAGACAGCAUCCAGACCACCAGCCCGGAAGGUUACCCCUUGUCUGGGGUGUUUGUUCCCCACUGUGACGAAAAUGGACACUACGCAAAGCGACAGUGUCACGGCUCUACUGGACAUUGCUGGUGCGUGGACAGUCGAGGGCAGGAGCGAGGGGGAACAAGGACUCCACCUGGUGUCACCCCAAAAGACUGUGAUAAACCAGAUGAACCUGAACGUCUGAAAACUCACUGCGAGCAGCACAGGGACAGCGUCCAGACCACAAGUCCAGAUGGUUACCCUCUAGCCGGAGUGUUUGUUCCUCAGUGCGAUGGAAAUGGGGAAUACGCAAAGCAGCAGUGUCACGGCUCCACCGGACAUUGCUGGUGUGUGGACAACAGGGGAGAGGAGAUCGCCGGAACAAGAACCCCCCCCGGCGCUUCACGGAAAGAUUGUGAUAAACCAGAUGAGCCAGAGCGCCCUAAAACCCACUGUGAGCACCACAGAGACAGGGUCCAGACCACUAGUUCCGAGGGCUACCCCAUCCUCGGAGUCUACGUACCGCAGUGCGACUCGGAGGGACAGUACCGCUCUCGACAGUGUCAUGGUUCCACUGGGGAAUGUUGGUGCGUCAACCGUGAGGGUCAGGAGAGAGCUGGAACCAGGACCUCCCCAGAUGCUACCCCCGUCGACUGUGACCGACAAAUCCCGGUGUACCCCACCUUGCGCCCCGAGAGUGUGUGCGAGCGCUGGAGGACUAGCUUAAUUGAGCACUACGGUGGGAAACCAGAUCCACAGCAGUACCUGCCUCAGUGUGAACCAGAUGGACAAUUUAGUCCUGUCCAGUGUUAUGGAGCCACCACUUAUUGUUGGUGUGUGGACCAGGAUGGACGAGAGGUUCCUGGCACAAGAUCCCAUGACGUCGUCAAACCCGCCUGUCUUCCUUCAGUGGCCCCUCCCACCGUUGGCCCAGUCGCCCCGCCAAAUGUGACUCCUCCUCCCAACACUGCGGUCACACUGCUCUAUGCUCAGGGCCAGAAAAUUGGAGCACUGCCUUUGAAUGGAACCAAGCUCGACCCAACACGGUCCAAAACACUACUGACUCUACAUGGCUCCAUCGUGGUGGGCUUGUCCUUUGACUGCAAAGAUGGAUAUGUUUAUUGGACAGAUUUGUCCGCAAGGACAAUCAACAGAGCCUCAAUGUCGGCCGGAGCGGAACCAGAAAUUCUUAUAAGCACAGACCUGAUCAGCCCCGAGGGUCUGGCGGUGGACGUCCAGCGUAGGUUGAUGUUCUGGGUGGACUCCAACCAGGAUUUAAUAGAGGUCGCCAACCUGGAUGGCAGUGGAAGGAAGACACUGUUUGACCGGGAUCUGGUCAACCCGCGGGCCAUCAUCGUCGUCUCUUCCUCUGGGACUCUGUACUGGACUGACUGGAACCGAGAGGCUCCCAAGAUUGAGUCAGCAUCAGUGGCCGGCCAGAACCGCAGAGUGGUGGUCUCCGAGGGGAUCGGCUUGCCUAAUGCUUUGACACAUGACGCCGCUUCGGGUCAGAUCUGCUGGGCUGAUGCAGGCACCAAGCGUUUGGAGUGUGUGUUCCCCGAUGGCUCGGGUCGGCGAGUGAUCCAUCCGACCCUCAACUACCCCUUCAGCAUGGUUUACUACAGGAACCACUUCUACUACACUGACUGGAGGAGGGAUGGAGUGAUCGCAGUGAGCAAAGACAGCAGUCAGUUCACUGAUGAGUACCUGCCUGACCAACGCUCUCACCUGUACGGCAUCGCUAUUGCAACAACGCAGUGUCUAUCAGGGAGCCACUGAUGCCAGACUGCCAGGUCCUUUGGUGCUAACGUUCUGGGGGUGCGAUUCCUGGAGACCCAACCCUGCGACUGGACACUCUUGAAGGAAACCAGAGCCAAUUUAACCCACCUCCCCUCACCUUAAAGCUAUAACCCCCAAAUAAGUGUUUUGUAAAUUUGUUUUAUACCUCAUUUUGUUUUGUUUUUUACUGUAUUUUUGUACUUUUAAAAAGAAAAAAAAUCUUGAAAACAGAAUCACAGAAAUCAGAGUGAUAUUGUUGUGAAUCAGCGCCCUCCUCAGGCCACUGCUUUCAUAUCUGGACCCCCCUUAAAUCGGAUGAUCUCCUCUGUUCCAUCACCACUCACCCUGCUGCACUACUAAACCUCUGUUGCUCCACAGCAACUUCUCCAUGACGUGAUAUUUAUAACAAUAA